UAAUCACAACAACGUCUUUACUUACCUAAGUGGAGUACGAGGAAGAGGAGGAAGAGAGAGCGAGGGUAGGAGGAAGAGGAGGAGACAAACGGAGAAGGAGGAGGAAUCUUAACAUUCUGUUACCAUCAUACAAUACCAUCGACGCGACAAUAACAACAAAAACAACUACGAAUCACCACCAACAACAACAACACCGUUUCUGUUACGGUUUGAGCUCAGGAUUUUGAUUAACAACGGCGACAACAACCAGAAGAAGAACAUUUAAACACAACAACAACAAACGCAAACCGAGCAAUCUGUGUUAUUGUUGAACAUAUAACAUAGUAGAGGAUAUAGUAUAUAUAUAGUACAUGGUUGGUGGUUGUCGGCAGCAGCGCCAGCAGUAGUAGAAGAAGUAGUACUACUGGUGCUGCGACGGUGGCUGCUUCUGCAGUGGACGAGCAGUGGAGGUGCGUACCAGCUGAGGUGGCGGCGGCAGCGGAGGUGUAGUCGUUGUUGUAGUCGUGAAGAAGUAGAUCGAUGGUGGUGGUAGCGGUGGUAUAACUACUACUGCUGCGCUUACUACUGCUGCUGCUACUGGAGGAAGUAGUAAACCAACAUUUCGGGACACACCACGGAUUUCUAACUCCAACAUGUCGUCGCCUAGUCCAGGCAAGAGACGGAUGGACACCGAUGUGAUUAAACUUAUCGAGAGCAAACAUGAAGUGACUAUCCUCGGUGGACUGAAUGAAUUUAUAGUCAAAUUUUAUGGGCCAACUGGCACACCUUAUGAAGGUGGAGUCUGGAAGGUAAGAGUGGAUCUUCCAGAGAAAUACCCUUUUAAGUCUCCCUCUAUAGGUUUUAUGAACAGAAUAUUCCAUCCUAACAUCGAUGAAGUGUCGGGAACGGUGUGUUUGGAUGUCAUUAACCAAGCGUGGACCGCACUAUAUGAUUUGUCCAAUAUAUUUGAGUCAUUCUUGCCACAGUUACUAACCUACCCCAACCCUAUUGAUCCUUUGAAUGGUGAUGCUGCAGCCAUGUACCUGCACAAACCAGACGAAUACAAGAAGAAAAUUCAAGAAUACGUGAAGAAAUAUGCAACAGAAGAAGCCCUUCGUGAACAGGAGCACACAUCGACUUCGACAGAGAGCUCUAUGAGUGACUUCUCCGAAGACGAAGUCCAGGAUAUGGAACUGUAACACAGGCUCAGUGACUGGGGGAGGAGGUGGAGGAGGAGGAGGGAAGGGAGAGGAGGAGGAGGAAGAAGAAGAGGAGUUGUUGUUGUUGUUGUUGAUAGUUCCUUGUUGUUGGGUAUUUUUUUAAAAAUCUUCACACAUCUUACAUACAUGUACAUAAUUUCUGAUGUUCGAAAGAAGAAAGUAAAAAAAGAACAAAAAAAAAAAGAGCAAAAGAAAAAAAAAAAAUUUUAAUAAAUUCAGAGAAAAAAAAAAUAAUUAAAACAAAGAACAAAAAUUGAAACUCAAAAUAAAAAGGAUAUAUCUACACACACACACACACACACACACACACACACAUAUGUAUAUAUAUAUGUGUGUGUUUGUGUGUGUGUGAACAUGUAGAUAUGUAUGUAUAUUAAUAAUAUAUAUAUAUAUAUAUGUAUAUAUAUAUAUAUAUAUAUGCACUUGUAUAUACAUAUGUACUUGUAAAUUUAUAUAAAGGUAUGUGUGUAUAUAUACAGAUAUACAUGUAUGUAUGUAUGUGUGUAUAUAUAUAUAUAUGCACAUACAUAUAUAUAUAUAUGCCUGCAUAUAUAUAUAUAUAUAUAUAUGAUAUUCACACACACGUACAUAGAUAUAUAUAUACACACACACACACACAUACACACGCACACGUACAUAUGUGUGUGUGUGUAUAUAUAUAUAUAUAUACACACAUACACCUAAUUUCAAAAUACACACACACACAUACAAUUCUGUGGCUUGUUGUUGAAGCCAUCUCUUGUUAACACCCUGUUUAUCUCCAGUCCCCCCGCCACCAUCUUACCUCUUGCUUGUUCCUGCUGUUUGUUGCCAGUUUACCAAAAUUCUUCUCCAUCUUUCAUUCCACCCUCCUCCUUCUCUUUCUUUCUCACCUCUCAUACCACUCUCUCUCUCUCUCUCUCUCUCUACUUCACCUCUUAUCUACCCUUCACUGUGUUUAUGUCUAGUUCAGCUUGUAAGUUUCCAUGUGUCGGGGUCAGCCUACAACAAGAACAAGACAGAAAAUUUGUUAUCUUCUGGGACUUCUUACUUUGUCGGUUGAAUUUGGUUCAAUAUAAAGUUUUGGUCCUCUGUACAUUGAUGCAAGAGGAGCAGUUUCAUUUUAAAACUUAGCUCAAGGCUGUUUUGACUAUCGCUAAGUUACCAUGCGGCUCUUGGUAACACUUUGACAGUUAGAAGAAUCAUUGUAACAGGUUUAAAAUGAAAGAAUACACCCAUAUAUAAUAUAUAUAUAUAUAAUAAAUAUAUCAUAUACACAUACAUAGAUAUAUAUAAACACACAUGAAUAUAUGUAUAUAAUAUAUAUUAUUUUUGUUGUUUCAUAGAAUCCACCAGCAGCAAUAGUACUAUAAUAGUGUCUGUGUUUUUAGCAAGCCCGUAGUCUUUCUUCAUUCUCUUGUCCCUUCUAUUGUUGUUACCGUAGCUGUCGGCUUGUUGCUGAUCUCAUAAUAAGGUCCCCCGUUAUCCAUCAACUCUCUUCACCGCAAAUCUUUGGCUGAAAGGGCUAGGAAGGCUGCAAGGGGAACUAACUCCAGCACAUUUACUUGUACAAUCAUGUUAUACCUCUGUACGUGAGAUGUGUGUGUAUGUGUGUAUAUAUAUAUAUGUGUAUAUAUAUACGUAUGUAUGUAUGUAUAUACACACAUAUAUACACUCACACUGUUGCACCCUUUUUUUUUUAGUACUGGUGAAUGCUUUUAAAGCCCCCUGAAUUCUUUCAUCCCUGUCUUUCCAUAGAGUUCAACUUCAGUCGAUUCCAUUUGUGAAAUCCUCUGUAAUUCCAUUACUCUUCACAUUAAUCGCUGGAGGCUUCUUCUAUUUAGCCAGUCAGUAAUGGAUUGAAAAAUAUUUAUAUUAAUUGCAGUUGUAUUGUUUGUCCUAUUAGGAGAAACCCCAUUCACAAAUUAGUAUACAUACACACAAGCACAUUUUAUAUAUUUGUGUAUAUGUGUGAGAUAUAUAUAUAUAUGUUUCUAUUUACAUGCAUAUAUUUGUUUAUAUACAUAUGUAUUUGUGUGUGUGUAUAUAUAUAUAUAUAUAUAUAUAUAUAUAUAUAUAUAUUAUAUUUAUUUAUAUAUAUAGUUUUUGAAAUCAUUACCUUGGCUUAUUAACUGGUGUGUGUGUUUUUAUAUAUAUAUAUAUGUGUGUAUAUAUAUACAUAUAUAUAUCCUCAAUGUUUAUAUCAUAGCAGCGUAGUUCCAUUUUAUUUUAUAUUGCAGAAGCAAAACCAACAAGAACAAAACACUAAAAUGAAAAACCCGGAAAAACCUUCCAAAUGAAUAUAAAAAAUCUUGGGUCUCAUGUUAGAUGACUGUUUUAUGUCAUAAAAUAUCAGGGACAUUGUAUGACCUGAAAGUGUUUCAUGACAUCACCCUCUUGGGGCACUAGAAUUUACUCCCUCUCUAGCCAAUACAUUAACAAAUAGGGGCCAUGUAUUGUCAGUAAAUAGCCUAAAGUUAUUGUACUAUUUUUUCUGGUUGUUUCUUAGUUUCUUAGUCUCUGCUGGAGCUUUGACUAAAAUACACAUAUACUGGUCAUAAUUGUGCUUGCAAAAGAGAAGGAAAAUAUUAUUUGGGGACACACAUACAAUCCUGUCCCCUUUCCUACUUUUUUCUUCUUCUUUCAUCUUCAAUGCUGUUUGGUUAAUUUUAGUUACUGACUUCCAGUGUUGCAUUGUCCGCAGAUGGGGGGGGCCAAGGCACACGUUUGAAAAUAGGGAUCACCAGUAGCUCACUAAAUAAAACGAGGGAUAAUUUUUUUUUUUUUUUUUAAUUUGUUGUUUGUAACUGCCAAAAGCCUCCUCUUGGCAAUUCUAGCUAAAUAUACUGAGGGAAGUCCUGCUAUUAGAAAAUUCAUCCUAAACUUGGAGCGGUAAAUAAA